AUGACCGAAGUUGGUUGGUGGAAGCUGACCUUCCUGCGGAAAAAGAAAUCCACUCCCAAAGUGCUGUAUGAGAUCCCUGACACCUACACCCAGAGUGAGGGUGGUGCGGAGCCCCCGAGGCCUGACGGUGGGAACCCCGACAGCAACUUUAACACCCGCUUGGAGAAGAUUGUGGACAAGAACACCAAGGGCAAGCACGUCAAAGUCUCCAACUCAGGCCGCUUCAAGGAGAAGAAAAAGGUCCGAGCCUCACUGGCAGAGAACCCCAACCUCUUUGAUGACAGGGAGGGCAAAGGACAGUGA